UGUUUCUGCUUCUUCCUUUUUUCUACCAUUUUAACCAUAGAAUUCUAAUGGCAAUGCUUCGCUUGCCUUCCAUCCAAGUAUGCUGUUUAACAGAGAAGAAGCAUAAAGAUUCUUCGAGCAAAUCAUUGAAGUUUGGAGAAUCAAAUUCAAGAACAGCAACUUACAGAAAAGGUUCUGUUCAUCAAGAACGCAAACCCCAGAAGGUGAAUCUGGAAAUUUCGCCUCAUAGAGCUGUGUCUGCUGUGAGGUUAAUGCGGAUAGAGUUUGGUGGUGCCUUUGCUGACCUUUUAAACGAAAAAGGGAAAGGGUCCGGUGAUAACGAGAUGGGAUAUGUUGAAAGAACGCUUGGGUUUUGCACCCGAGAUUUGGAUGAUAGAGAUCUCCGAUUGGUAACAGAUAUUGUUGGAGGUACAAUUCGUUGGAGAAAAUAUAUUGACUAUUUGAUUUUGUCCUUGUGCCAUGACCCGAACGUUUUUAACCGUAUGGAGCCUCUACUAUUACAGAUUCUUCGGAUUGGAUUCUAUGAGAUUGUAAAGCUAGAGUCCCCUUCAUAUGCUGUUGUAGAUGAGAAUGUGAAGCUUGCAAAAAUUGCCCUUAGGCCGGGUGCUGGUAACAUGGUCAAUGGAAUUCUAAGGAAGCUCGUUUUGCUUAAGGAAACUAACUCUCUUCCUUCACCUGAACUGGAGGGCGAUGACCGUGCACAAGCACGUGCUCUUGCUAUUCUUUAUUCUCACCCAGUUUGGAUGGUGAGGCGGUGGACAAAAUACCUUGGACGUGAAGAAGCUAUUAAGCUAAUGAUGUGGAAUAACAACUAUCCCAGUUUUAGUCUAAGGGCUAACAGAGGCAAAGGUUUUACACGAUCAGAGCUUGUGUCACGACUUGAAAUGUUGAAGGUACCCUUUGAGCUCUCUCCUCACCUGGAUGAUUUUGUUCGUAUCAGCACAGGAAUGCAGAGUGUUAUACAAGAUGGACUACUAAAAGAAGGUUUAUGUUCGGUCCAAGAUGAGAGUGCAGGUUUGGUGGUUUCCAUUGUUGACCCGCAACCUGGAGAGACAAUAAUCGACUGUUGUGCUGCUCCCGGAGGGAAGACCCUCUUCAUGGCAGCCUGUCUGAAUGGGAAAGGUAUGGUAACGGCAAUUGACAUAAAUAAAGGACGCUUGAGGAUCCUCAAAGAGACGGCCAAACUGCAACUACUUGAUGAUGUCAUCACUACAGUCAAUGCCGAUCUUCGUACAUUUCCUGAGAAUAAUAAUGAGGCAUAUGAAAAGGUGUUGUUGGAUGCUCCUUGUUCCGGACUUGGUGUUCUUUCCAAGAGAGCAGAUCUACGCUGGAAUAGGAAGUCGGAAGAUAUGGAAGAACUUAAAAGUUUGCAAGAUGAACUUCUUGAUGCAGCUUCCAUAUUGGUAAAACCUGGUGGAGUGCUUGUGUACAGCACAUGCUCGAUUGAUCCUGAAGAGAAUGAAGAGAGGGUGGCUGCAUUUCUUCUCCGGCAUCCGGAAUACGACGUAGAUUCUGCAGAUAGAUACAUAUCGCCUGAAUUUUUGACCGAGCAGGGUUACUAUUUCUCUAGCCCGGUGAAACAUUCUCUCGAUGGAGCCUUUGCAGCACGACUCAUUCGUAGCUCGUGAUUGUCUAUUUCGAUGCAAGUGAAGAUUUCCGCUUCUUAUGAAGCAUCUAACGAUUAAGAGCCGGAUGAAGCAGUUUGACAACGGUAUCUCUGAGCAAAAAGCUAGCUCAUCGUUGUAACUUUCACUACAACAAAAAUUGAGUUUAUAGGAUGCUUA